UGUCUGAGUGACCCCAGGAUCACUGACACAAACCCUUGAUGAUCAGAGAUUUUGAAGCACACAGUCUGUAUUGCAAGUUCCAAAAAUAAUGGAUAAGAGAGCCUGUACAACUCAGAAAAUCAGUUUUAAAGUAUUUUGCAAUGAACAAAAAGCUAAAUUGCAGGUGAAAUACCCAUUUUUGAGCAAAUCUCAAAUUAAUCUUAAGAUAAAACAGCUUUGGAAAAAAAUGGAUAUUACAGAAAAGCAAUGUUACACAAAGACAGUAUUAUCACCACCUAAAUUUAAAAAGAAUGUUCCAGUGAAACAACAGAAGAAACCUCAAACCAUCCAAGUUUCUCAGAAUUCUACAAGUAUGAUAGCAACAAAAGGCAUCAAAGACAGUGGAGAUAAAGAUAUUUCACCAGUUUUAAAGCAGAUCCUUGUUGAAAGCCAAACAGAAAAUAAGAUAAUGCCACAAAUUGAAAAUUCUGAGGAUUCAGUAAGUGAAACAAGGGAAGCAUUUAGCAAGAGUAGAUAUAGCACAGACGCUAAAAUAGAUGUCCAAAAAAAUCAAGGUAGGAAGACAGUACCUUGGAAAGGACGACCAAGUCUAGGUUCAACAGAUCUUUGGAGUGAUUCCUCACCUCCAAAUUCAAAUGAUAGGAAAAAGGCCAAAUCGACAAAGAAGCAAAAGGAGGUACAAGGAAUUUUGAAGCCAAGCGGAGAUGCUCCAAGGCUAAAAGCAAAGAACAGAGUAUCAUUUGGGUCUCCUCAAAAUGAGUUAUCAUCCACAUUGUUAUCCCAGACCAAUUCAGGUGACUUCAACACAGCUAACUCUGAUGAUGAAGACAACGGUGUACAGUUGUUAUGCAGAACAGACGAAGACAUGUAUGACUUUGAAAAAAUAGCCAGCUAUGGAUUGUGUGUUGAGGAAGAGGAUAUUUAUGCUAACCAAAAUAGGUACAUCCCUGAAAAUUGGAAACUGGCCAGUGUGAAUGAGACAACUAAUGAGAGCAUUCAACAAUCUAAUGAAAAAAUAUCAGAUUUUAAGAUUCCACCUAACAGAGUGAUAAAGAAGAAAAAGGGAGCCAAACAAUUAAAAGUAAAAAAUGAUGAUGGUAAAUUGCUAUCUCCCUUGACUGAGGGAUUUAAAAAUUCCCCUGUAGCUGUAACUACACCUCAGACAGGAGAAAGGCAGAAAACAGAGUUUCUAAUCACUCCUCAAAUGAAUGAAGUUCUGGUGGAACAUAAGCUCCAGGAAGCCAAGAAAACACCUAAAAAGAACAAAGCAGACUCCCCUAAAUCUACCUCCAGGACAGGGUCUGUUAGAAAGAACAGAGGGCAAGGUUUAGAUCCAGAGGAAAGAAAAGUUUCUGAUGAAAAGCAAUCUUCUGACACAGAUUCCUUAUCUAUCACACCAUUGACGGAAUCUCUUUCAUCUGGAGCUGAAUCUAUUGUUAGUCCCAAUCCCAAUAUCCAGGAUGGAGUGGAGAGGUGUAUGAAUGUACUGUCUGAGAAAUUACAGAGAAUGCAUGGUACAGAGAAUGUGACCAUCCCAAAAGAUGAUGCAUGGUUGGCUCCAGAGAGAGGGGAUGCCACUGUGAUGAAAAGUAUGUCAUCAUACUCAAUGAAAAAUUUUGCUUUACUACCACAAAAGAGGAGGAGAUGUCAAAAACAAAAAGAUCUUCACUCUCCAAGUGAAGUGUCAGAGUCUUCCAUAGAGAAAAAGGAGAAUGUAGUGAAAAAACCAAGGCAGCCAAAUCAGAACAAAAAGAUUAAACAGAAAUUGAAAAGCUCUACUUCAUCUGAUGAAAGGAAAACAAAAACAAAGAGGACAAAGCGAAAAGUUGAGGAAAAUAAGUCACCAAAGCCUUGUAAAGCAACAAGAAAGGUUAAAAGUCCUGUAGGAAGAAUGGAUGCUGACAAGCUUAUCUCUGAAUCUCCAAACAAAAUAGACUUUAACAAAAAUUCCCAUACAGAAGAAUUAUCUCCAUAUUUCACUGGAGAUAGUGACAGUUCAUCCACUGCUGAUGACAUCCGACCGACAAAUAAAGUUCUGAUGACGGCAAUACUCAGGAUGCAGAGAGCUGUACAGUGUCCAGAGAUCUCUGAUACUGAAGCUAGCUCACCUUGUCUCUCUGGAAUCAGCCAGCUAUCUUCAGUGGUGUCUGAGAAGGACAGUACUACAGAGGAAGCAGCAGAGGAGAAGGAAUCGGUCAACAGAUUAUCUAAGGAAAUCCAAGAGUCCAGCAACAGUAGUGAUUGUACAGACAGCACCAAGAGUCAGACACCAGUUCAAAUACCCAUUCACCUUAAAAUAGGAAAAGAAGUUCAAGACCAUGAAUGUUUGGAGUGUAUGGAUGUUCCUCAUGAUGGAAAGAAAAUAUGCUCCCCUAUAAAAGAUAGUCAUGCUGAUGGUGAUGAAAAGGAUGUUUUCCAGAUGUUUUCAAAAUUCAGCCCUGCUAAGUCACAAAACAUGCAAGGAAGAAGGUUCAUUGCAAGCUCUGAGCAUGAGGGAAGAAGCAACUUCAAAGAUUUGUUUCAGGACAAUAACAUAUUUUAAAUUUCUGAUUUUUUAUUGUUUUUUUUUUUUU